AUGAAUCCUGCAGGGGAGUUUGGGUCAGGAUCUCUUUUGGCAGUUUUGGGGAUCUUCUUCAUCUCCUUUCCCAGGACACAAGGUGCAUCUUGUGAGCCGGUAAAGAUCCCCAUGUGCAAACCCAUGCCCUGGAACAUGACUAAAAUGCCCAACCACCUUCACCACAGCACCCAGGCUAAUGCCAUCCUGGCGUUCGAGCAAUUUGAAGGCCUGCUUAAAGUUGAUUGCAGCAAGGACCUGCUCUUCUUCCUCUGUGCCAUGUAUGCCCCGAUUUGUACCAUCGAUUUUCAGCACGAGCCAAUUAAACCGUGCAAAUCGGUGUGCGAAAGGGCCAGGACCGGCUGCGAACCGAUUAUGCAGCGAUUUGGACAUAGGUGGCCAGAAAACCUGGCAUGCGAAGAGCUGCCGGUCUAUGAUCGAGGGGUCUGCAUCUCCCCCGAAGCCAUCAUCACCGUGGAACAAGGAACGGACCCAAUGCCAGACUUUCCCAUGGAUGCAAAUAAUGGAAAUUGUGGUGGAGCUGCAAGUGAGCAUUGUAAAUGCAAGCCCAUGAAAGUAUCUCAAAAGACCUAUCUUAAAAAUAAUUACAAUUAUGUAAUUCGAGCAAAAGUUAAAGAAGUCAAAGUGAAAUGCCACGAUGUCACGGUCGUCGUUGAAGUGAAAGAGAUUAUCAAGUCCUCACUCGUCAACAUUCCUAAAGAUACAGUAACACUUUAUACCAACUCAGGCUGCUUGUGCCCGCAGCUUGUGGUCAACCAGGAAUAUAUAAUAAUGGGUUAUGAAGACAAGGAACGUACAAGACUCCUUUUGGUCGAAGGAUCUGUGGCUGAAAAGUGGAGGGAACGUCUUGCUAACAAAAUUAAGCGCUGGGAUCAGAAACUCCAGCGUCCAAGAAAAAGCAAAGCUCCUGUUGCACAGAAUGCCAAUAAAAACAGCAACUCAAGACAAUUGCAUAGUUAGACUAAUGGAAAAUUGUAUGUAAAACUUAGUGGACCUCUGUACUGAGAUUUACAGCGUUGGAGCAUCAAAGAAGAAAUUGCACUAUUGGACCUUAUAAUCUAUUGUUUACUACAAGAUAUCGAUGUAGCUGUUUGUAGUUCUUCUCUUUUCUAAUUCUAUUUUGCACGAUUUUCUAAGCAAUAGAUGUAUUCCACUUACAA